AUGCAUAUCCUGACCCCUCGUGAACGCCCUCGAAGCAUCAGGCCACCAAGUCUCCGUCGCCAUCCCAGCAUCCUCCCGCUCCUGGAUCGGCAAAGCUCACAUCAUCGAAGCCCCCUGACCGCCAGCUACGUACACCCAGAUUCUUUCCGGGAAGACGGCACCUGGGACGAAACCCCCACUCCACAAAAUGACUCCGACUGGGUGGUAAUCCAGAACGGCACACCCGCCAGCUGCGCCCAGCUAGGAUUGUACAACCUGUUUACCGACCGCCCGCCCGUAGACCUCGUGAUCUCAGGCCCGAAUCACGGCCGUAAUGCGUCUACUAUCUACAACCUGUCGUCGGGCACUGUGGGCGGGGCGCUUGAGGCUGUUUUCUGCGGAAAGCGCGGCAUCGCUAUCUCGUUUGGUAGUAAGGAUCCGCAGACUGAUGAGGUAAUUGCUGCCGCAGCGCGCUUGGCUGUGAGACUUGUUGAUCAUCUUAAUGCCAUUUGGGAUGAACGGGUGGAGUUGUAUAAUAUCAAUAUUCCUAUGCGUGAGGAUGUUGAGGGAAGGCCCGUGCUUUAUACACGGACGUUGCCGUAUUACUGGUCGCGUGGGUGUUUGUAUGCCGAGGCUGGGUCGGAGAAGAAGUUGACGAAUGGUUUGACAAAUGGGGAUCAUUGUAAUGGGAUUAACGGGCAUGCUGAGACGCAGCCCAGACAACGCCAUUUCAAGUGGUCGGCUGAUUUGUCCGAUAUGAAGAAGAGGUUGCAGGAAAGUGAGGUAGAAACUGAUGCGCAUACUGUGUUGAAUGGGUCUACUAGUGUGACGGCUCUGCGGGCCAACUUCUGGCAUGUCCCAGGGCUCGAGGGACCUUUGAACCUGGACUAA